AUGAUGGCUUUGAUGAAAAGAACGGAGACAGAGGGACAUGGAGGAAUCGGAGAGUGUGUACGAUGGAAAAUUGGAGUGAGACAGGUGACCAAGGCAGUGAAAGAAAUGGCAGUGCUGUCCUGUGAUUACAACGUUUCUGCUGCUGAACUGACAAGAGUGCGUAUCUACUGGCAAAAGGAUGACGAAAUGGUGCUGAGUUUCAUAUCUGGGGAAGGGAAAGUGUGGCCAAAGUACAAGAACCGGACCUUCUUUGACAUCACUAAUAACCUCUCCAUCAUGAUCAGUACUCUGCACCUGUCAGACAAGGGCACAUACACGUGUGUUGUUCAGAAACUUGAAAAAAAUUCUUACACACGGAAACACCUGACUUCAGUGAUGUUAUCAGUCAGAGCUGACUUCCCUAUCCCUAGUAUAACUGACUUUGGAACUCCAUCUUCUAACAUUAGAAGGAUAACUUGUUCAAGUGCUGGAGGUUUUCCAGAGCCUCACCUCUCUUGGUUAGAAAAUGGAAAAGAAUUAAAUGCCAUUAACACAACAGUUUCCCAAGAUCCUGAAACUGAGCUCUAUGAUAUUAGCAGUGAACUGGAUUUCAAUGUGACAGACAACCACACCUUCGUGUGUCUCAUCAAGUAUGGAGACCUUACAGCAUCACAGAUCUUCAACUGGCAAACACGUAAGUGA